GUACAACUUUUAUUUAGCAAUAAAGAAGAGAAAAAUAAAUUACUAUACAGGAUACCGCGGCGGCGUUCGUCGCGACGUGCAGCCGGUCUCACUCCCGGGGAAACCAGUGAACACAACACUCGUCAGAAGCGCAAGAGUGUUCGCUCGAACCCAGGUGAGGAGGCGCAUUCCGACGCCGAACACGAAGAGGACAGUAACCCCGCGGGUGGUGACGAGGGGUCCGAGGCGGCGUGCCCCACCGACGAGUCGACGGUGGUGGCCACCUGCUACUGCGAGGCGCCCAGCAACGUGUACGCGGCUCCUGGAGACCUCGCAGAGCCGGUGUUCUGCCAGGCGGUGGAGACGUCGGAGGGCGCGCGCGUGGGGUGCUCGCACGGGGCGCGGCGCGCGGCGCGCGGGGCGCUGGCGCCGCUGCUGCGCGCCGGGCCCCGCGCGCCCCUGCUCGUCUGCGCACUGCACGCCGCGCAGCUGCGCAGGCACAUGUGCUGCCCCGCCUGCGGACUCUUCUGCACGCAGGGCAUAUUUUACCAGUGCUCCAAAGGCCAUUUAUUCCACCUGGAGUGCGGGCUGCCAUACAACGACGCGAAGGUGCGGCCCGGCUGUCCGCACUGCGGCGUGUACUCGUACAGGUGGCAGCCGGCCAACAGGGACUGCUACAAGGUCCAGUUGCAGAUGAAGUGCAGCAAUAAGAGGAUAUUCCUGCCUGACCAGAGAGAACAGUGCACCCCGGCAUACUUGAGUUUCUCUACACUAUCACCCUCACAACUGGACACAACUCCAGUUAUCCCAGAGGAUCUGUUGCCGCCAACCCCACUGAACCUGGAAUUGUUGUGCAAGAAGCGAGAAGGGCCAGAAGAUGAAGACUCUGCAAGGAAGUUGUGCGAUGCUAUCUUAGCUGGAGAGAGCUUAGAGGAACUUAUACCUAAGAUUGUGUCGUGCUCGGCGCUGUCGGCGGCGGUGUGGACGGCGAGCGGCGCGCGCGGCUCGUGUGCGCACGCGGCGGCGGCGCGCGGCCACGUGCGCGCGCUGCACGCGCUGCGGCUCGCCGGCGCCGCGCUCGACACCGCCGACACCAACAUGCGCACGCCGCUCAUGCACGCCGUCCUGGAACUUGGUGACAAAGAUAAAAAAGGCAAAGAAAAACUCAAACCAAGCCCACAUAAAGAUAACCCUGAGGAAAUAGAGAUGGAUGUGGACGGAGAGGGGGAAGGAGAAAAAGAGGACAAGACUGAUGAUACGAGUGAUGUGGAGACUGACCCGGUGAAGGAUGAAGACCUCAUCAAAGUGAUCCGGUACUUGGUGGCCGCUGGGUGCGAUGUCAAUCUCGCGGACCUGGAAGGCAUGACGGCGCUGCACAUGGCGGCGCAGCGCGGCGCGGCGGAGGCGUGCAGCGCGCUGGCGGCCGCGCCCGACGCCGCGCUCGACGCGCGCGACGCGGGCGGCUGGACGCCGCUCGUCUGGGCCGCCGAGAACGACCGCGCCGAUGUCGUCAGACUGCUGCUGUCCCGCGGAGCGGACGCGUCGUCGGUAGACGAGGAGGGCAACGCGGCGGUGCACUGGUGCGCGGCGGCGGGUGCUGCGCGUGCGCUGGUACAGUUGCUGCGCGCCGCACCGCACGCUGCACACGCACGCAACGCGCACGCCGACACGCCGCUGCACGUUGCGGCGCGGCAAGGUCACUACGCCUGCGUCGUCAUAUUGCUGGCGCAGGGGGCUAGGACGGACGUGGAGAACUCUGCGGGUGAGUUGCCGGCGGACGUGUGCACGGGCGCAUGUCACAGCGCCAUCUCGCUCAACAUGCAGAUGACGCUCGCCAUGGGCGGUCACGUGCCGCGCAGGAGGCUGCUGUGCAGUGACAUCUCGAACGGUCGCGAGGCGUUCCCGAUCCCGUGCGUGAACGAGGUCGACGACGAGCCGGCGCCGGACGAGUUCACGUACGUGACGCAACACGUCAUGCCGCACCAUCUGCACAUCGACGACACCGUAGAGACGUUGCAGGGCUGUGAGUGCAAAGGCGGCGACUGUUCAGCGGGUGCGGGCAGCGGCGAGUGCGCAUGCGUCACGCUCAGUGUGCGGCGCUGGUACGCGCGCGGCCGUCUGCGCGCCGACUUCCCCUACCACGACCCGCCCAUGUUGUUCGAGUGCAACCACACUUGCGCAUGCAAUCUGAAAAAGUGCGCGAACGCGGUGGUGACGCGCGCGCGGUCGCUGGGCGCGACGUUCGUGCACACGGAGGUGUUCCGCGCGGGCGGCGCGCGCGGGUGGGGGCUGCGAGCCACGCGGCGCGUCGCGCGCGGCUCGCCCGUGGCCGCCUACUGCGGGGAGCUGCUGCCCGCCGCCCGCGCCGACACGCGCGCCGCCGACCACUACAUGUUCGCGCUCGACGUCAAGGACGACCUACUAGAGCAAUGCGUAGACAAGACGCAGCUGUGCGUGGACGCAGCGGUGUACGGCAGCGCGGCGCGGUUCAUGAACCACAGCUGCCGGCCCAACGUGGCGCCGGUGCGCGUGUUCACCGCCUGCCGCGACCUGCGGCUGCCCGUCGUCACGCUCUUCGCCACCAAGGACGUGCAGCCCGGGGACGAGCUCACGUUUGACUAUGGCGAUAAGUUCUGGUCGGUGAAAUCCAAGUGGAUGAAGUGCGAGUGCGGAGCGCCCACCUGCAGGUAUCCAGUGAAGGCAGAUUCGGAAGAAGCAGAGACUUAAUCACAAUACGCGUCGGAAGUGAUUUCGAACAUAUAUUAACGAAUUAUAAAUCGUGUAAUAAUGAUUUUGUAGAUAUUUAUUUACAAUAGUACUAUGCAAUCAAGAACAUAAUAAAUCAUUUUCCUUUCUUUA